CAAUAAUUAGUUAAGAUAGGGAAAAAGAUGUACUACCAGACUCAUCGUGAAGCUGAACAACAUGAUGCUAAACAGAGAGAAAAUGAUAAACAGAUCUAUACCUACCAAGCUGACUGGGUCAUCUAUGCCCUUGGCUUCUCAUGGAGAGAAAGCACCGAUUUCAGACUAGCUCUUGGGUCUUUAAAGGAAGAUUUGACAAACGAAAUUCAAAUUAUUAAGCUUAGUGACAGCGACACAGAAGAUUUUGUUUGUACUACAAAAUUCGAUCAUAACUUCCCAGCUACCAAGCUCCUAUGGCUUCCUGACAGAAGUGAUUCACAUCCUGACCUCCUUGCUACGACCAGUGACUUCCUCAGAAUUUGGGAGGUAGACGACGAUAACAAAUCCGUUUCAUGAAAGAGCGAAUUAAAGGACAACACUCAGACUUUUAGUGCUCCAUUAACUUCUUUUGAUUGGAACCAGAAAGAUCCAAGCAUUAUUGGAGUUUGUAGUCUAGAUACAACUUGCUCCAUUUGGGAUGUAGGGAGAGAAAGUAUUAAAGCUCAACUUAUCGCUCAUGAUAAGGAAGUCUUCGAUAUCGGGUUCCAAGACAUCAACUCCUUCGCAACAGUUGGUGCUGACGGAUCAAUGCGUUUAUUUGAUCUUAGAGCUUUGGAACAUUCCACGAUCCUUUAUGAAACAAACCAUCAAUCUACCACCGGAGAAGGAAAGCCGCUACUUAAGCUUGGAUGGAACAACCAGGAUCCCUCUUACAUUGCUACUUUUGAGCCUGAUAGCAGCAAGGUAGUUAUCCUUGAUAUCAGAGUUCCAAUGAUCCCAGUUUGAGAAUUAGAAGGCCAUACUGAUUAUGUAGAUGCCUUUUCAUGGGCACCUCAUUCAAGUUGUCAUAUCUGUACCGCGGGAGAUGACAUGCAGGCAUUGAUCUGGGAUCUGAGUGUGAUGCCUAGCGCAGUCACAGAUCCUAUCCUCUCUUACAAAGCAGAUGCAGAGAUUACCAGUCUUCAGUGGUCAGCUACUCAGCAUGAUUGGGUUGCCAUUUCCUUUAAUAAGACCCUCCAAAUGCUAAGAGUAUAA